AUGAGUUCGUUGAACUUGCAGGUGAGAAUAAUGAUGAAGAGAAAAAGAUCCCCCAAAUCGCUACCUCCACCACCUUCAACCCCUCCAACACCCCAAACCCAAUCCCGCCACUCCACCAACCUCUCCAAAUCCCGCCUAUGGAUCCCUCUCAACCUAACCCGACAAGAGCUCUCACUACCCCUCACCUUCCCCACCGGUCAAACCUUCCGAUGGAAAAACACCGCUCCUUUCCAAUACACAGGCGUCGUCGGAUCCCACCUCGUAUCCCUCAAACACCUCCAAAACGGCGACGUUUGCUACUCCCUUCACUCCCAAUCAAACGAUGACGCCGAAACGGCAUUGCUCGAUUUCUUAAACGCAGACGUUUCUCUCGCUGACACGUGGGAGGUUUUCUCGGCUAAUGAUGAAAGAUUUGCGGAAUUAGCGCAACAUUUGGGUGGUGCUAGGGUUUUGAGACAAGAUCCGUUUGAGUGCUUGAUUCAGUUCAUGUGUUCUUCCAAUAAUCACAUUAGUAGAAUCACAAAAAUGGUUGAUUAUGUUUCGUCUCUUGGGACUUAUUUAGGUCACGUUGAAGGAUUUGAUUUUCACGCCUUCCCUACUCUUCACCAGCUUUCUUUGGUUUCUGAACAACAACUCAGAGACGCUGGUUUUGGUUACAGGGCUAAGUAUAUAGUUGGCACUGUAAAUGCUUUGCAAUCAAAACCUGAAGGUGGAGAAGAAUGGCUUCAUUCUCUUAGGAAAUUGGAUCUUCAAGAUGUUAUAUCUCAACUUUCCAUGUUACCUGGAGUGGGUCCUAAAGUGGCUGCUUGCAUAGCUCUCUACUCCCUUGAUCAACACCAUGCCAUUCCCGUUGAUGUUCAUGUCUGGCGGAUUGCCCAAAAAUAUCUCUUACCUGAGCUUGCAGGUUCUAAGUUGACGCUGAAGCUCUGCAAUCGUGUUGCAGAGGCAUUUGUAACAAAAUAUGGUAAAUAUGCCGGCUGGGCUCAAGCUGUUUUAUUUAUUGCUGAGUUGCCUUCACAAAAGGCCAUCCUACCCUUACAUUUGAGGGCUACCAAACAGCCGAAGCCCACCAAGAUAGAAAACAGUGAAGAAGAAUCUGAGUGA